AACCCAAUGCUUUCACAUUCGUAUCCAAAUUCCCCAAGUGAGAAAAAUUUAGCAAAAAACAAGAUAUGGCCGAUGAUCCACAGGACGUAGCCGACCGGGAGCGGCUCUUCAAGCAUUUCGAUGCCAACGGCGACGGCCAGAUCUCGGCCAACGAGCUCGGCGACGCCCUCAAGACGCUCGGCUGCGUCACCCCCGAUGAAGUCAAGAACAUGAUGGCUGAGAUCGACUCCGAUGGCGAUGGCUUCAUAUCCUACGAAGAGUUCACCAAUUUCGCUCGUGCAAAUAGGGGACUAGUCAAGGAUGUUGCCAAGAUAUUCUAACUUGUUUAUUUUCCUCUAAACUAGAUUCAAUUCAUGUCACUAUUAGAUUAGAUUCUUCUUUUUAUUACCUAUAUAUAUAGUGUGUUGUUUGGUUUAGUAUCAAAUGCAGGCUUGUUUUAUUCCUUCAUGGCUUAUAUACCCGUUGUGCGAAUAAAGAGUUGGUUAUCUAUUACA